AUGGCGAUGCUGCUCGACGAGCCCGGCGAGGUGAUGUCGAAGCGCUCCUGGAAGUCUAUUUUAAAAGUUCUCGACAACAACUACACGCACUCGAUUUCGAAAGCGGCCAUCGGCGUGCACUUCAAGACGGCCGUCGCCGUCAACCUCUACGACCGUGACGGAUGGGACCAGUGGACGGACGGCAUGGUGGAAGUUGGCCGGGCCGUCGGGAUGAACGAGCAGCGACAAGCCCGGCUCCGGGAGCGCGAAGCGCGCAAACUCGCCAACCGCAUGCGGCGCCCGAAUUGGAACGGGAAGUACGGCUUCGCCCAGCUCAUCAACAGCCGACAAGACGCCGAAGCGCUCGUCACCAGCGUCGACAAGGGCCAGUUGUCGCGCAUGCUCGUCUCGCACUGCAACCAGAUGCACGCCCUUCGAAUCUCGAACGCGAGGAUGCACCUGGCGCUUGCUAUCGAGGAGCAUAAGGCGCUGCUGGCGAGGGAGUACGCCGAGGAGUGCCACGUCAAGAUGAACUUGCUGCGGGAUGAGAGCGCCUUCUACCGCCGGCAGCUGAUGAUGUCCACCCGCAAUCCCGUGUUCUUUGGAUCGGUGGCCGACCUCGCCGACGAGGAAGAGGAAUCGGACGACGAGCCGCUGGAAGCCGAAAACCACCUGCUCUUCACCUCGGACACGCGCCGCAUCAACCAGGCCCGAAUGAUGGCGCAGCAAAAGUGCAAGGUGCCCUCCAAGCUCGCCACCGCCCACCACGACAAGCCGAGCGAGUUCAAGGCGGUCGUCGACAAGCUCGUGUCCUACCUGCCCAAGCGAAUGAGCCCACCAAAGAAGCCGGCCAGCCCGACGGAAACGAGCCCGAUCGAGGUGGCGCGCAGCAGUGGACGGCUGCGCCUCCAGCUGUUGCCAUCCCCGCCCUGCCUCGUCUACACCCCGGUGCUCGCUGAACGGACACAUGCCGAGCUGACGCCGUCCACUUCCGGCACCAACACGACCUUCGACUUCCCCGGCUCGUCCCUGAUUUCGCCGCCCCGUACCGCUCGCCCUCCGUCGUACGGACCGGGCCUCGACGACCCCACCUCGCCGAUUCCGUUGAUGGAGAUGAAGGCCGCGCUGCGCGUCGACGAAAAGGCCUCGAUCGACUUGGACGAUGCGGUGGAUCUGCUGGAGAAGAGCCAGUUCGAGCAGCAGCAACCGCCCCAGAUCAAGCGUCGCAGCGGCCUUUUCCGCACCAUCGGCAAGCUGCUGACGCCCAGCAGGAAGAAGCCGCGCCCCGAAAAUCGC